ACUGUAAUCAGAGUCAUGAGAAGCAGCGUGUGCAAGUCUGUCAACAUCUUAGCAAAGCGGUUUAAAAAACGAGUUUACUUAACUUCAAGUCAAAGCAUGUCAGGAGAUUUAUUUAUUAAAAUAAAAAUGCUGGAGGAGGAGCUGGAGAAACUCAAGUCCCAGCUGAGGAAAGGAACCCAGGAAGAACUGGAGUCCAGCUCAGGUCCUCAUGAGGACACGGAGUAUAAAACUGAGGGUAGCAGCAGCAGCAAAAAGUCUAAGAAAGCUGGUAAGGAGCGUUCUUUUAACUUUUCUCUCCACCCACGGCGCCAUGUGGCUCUGCGGCUGGCUUACCUGGGAUGGGCCUAUCAGGGGUUUGCAGUUCAGGAGAACACUGACAACACAGUGGAGGCCAGGCUGUUUGAAGCGCUGCUCAAAACGUGCCUCAUCCAGGAUCGGCAGAGCUCCAAUUAUCACAGAUGUGGCCGCACUGACAAAGGAGUCAGCGCCUUUUCCCAAGUCAUAUCCAUAGACCUGCGCUCUGUCCAGUUCUCUGGUGGUUUGGGUGUGACACUCCCUGCUGCAGUUGAUGUUGGCAUCAAGAAUAAACCUGCUGCUGGCGAACUUCCGUACAUAAAAAUGCUUAACAGAGUCCUGCCUCCUGAUAUCAGGAUAUUGGACUGGGCACCAGUGGCACAGGAUUUCAGUGCACGAUUUGACUGUCAGUCCCGCACAUACCGAUACUACUUCCCCCGUGGAUUCUUGGAUGUUGAAUUGAUGGCAAAGGCUGCAAAAGGGUAUGAGGGCACACAUGACUUCCGUAACCUGUGCAAAAUGGACGUGGCCAACGGAGUCCUGCAGUUUGAGAGAACCAUCCUGUCGGCCUCAGUCACACCUGUGGUGCCGCAGCCUGACAGCAGCACGACUCAUUUUGAUAUCUACAUAUUUGAGAUCAAAGGACUCGCCUUCCUCUACCACCAGGUGCGCUGCAUGAUGGCAAUACUUCUGUUAAUCGGCCAGAAGCUUGAACCUCCAGAGAUAAUUGAUCAGUUGUUGGAUGUCGAAAAUAAUCCCCGAAAGCCCCAGUACAACUUGGCAGUAGAUUAUCCUCUGGUGCUGUAUGACUGCCACUUUGAAGGGCUGAGUUGGAAACUGGAUGCUGAAGAGGUGAACUACAUCCUGGGUACUCUGCAGCAACACUGGUCACAGAACAUAGUUAAAUCCCACAUCCUCAAAGGGAUGAUCCAGGGUCUGGAAGCCAAAGGGGUGGAGCCUCCUAACCGUUGCUUGCUGGUUGAAGGGAGCCGGCGGAGAACGUACCAGCCCUUGUUUGAGCGCCCGUUCUGUGAGACCCUGGAGUCCAGGAUUGAGCAUUUCGUGAAAAGAGGCAGGCUAGAACGUGAAGAAAGGGACAACACAGGAGAAGUAGUACACAGGGGGAAAAGGUCCAAGCAUUCGCACAGUUCCUCCAGUCAGACUGUUUCCUCAGAGGCAACAUCCAACCAAAGUACUGAUCAGAACACAGGAAGUUGAUGUUUUUCUGCACUUAUUUUAAGUACUUCUUAAGCAUGAUGUUGUCUUUACUUAGUUUUCAUGAAAACACAACUUGUUUCGCUUCAUAAAACAGCGUUGUUUCCCUGUGAAAUAAACAUUCGUUAACAACCCA